CAGACCAAAUCUCUCUGUCACUCUCUCUCUAGUCACUGCCUUGCACAACCAUAACAGCUGGACCAAACACCAAGCAACGCCCUAAAACGACAUCGCUUUACGAUAUCUCCUCUAGUCCUCUUUCACCGUUUCACUCAGCCUGCUUCUCUUCCACUCUCUCUAUAGACCACCGUCUUAUCACAUCGUCGCCGUCAGAUCCAGAAAUGGAGCCAGACGUAAGCAUCGAGACAUCCUGCAUGAUCCGCAUCGCAAUCCUCCCAGUAGGUCCGGUCCCGCCCCGCAUUCUGUGCGACUACUACUCCAUGUUCCUGCGUCACCAUACGAUUUCUCUCUCUGCCAUCAGUUCCUUCUACACGGAGCACCAGAAAUCCCCUUUCGCCAAUCAGCCAUGGGACAACGGCUCUCUUCGAUUCAAGUUCAUACUCGGAGGGUCCCCUCCCAGCCCCUGGGAGGAUUUCCAGUCGAAUCGCAAGAUCCUUUCCGUCAUAGGCGUUUGCCACUGCCCGUCCUCGCCUGAUCUCAAUUCCAUCGUCGAUCAGUUUAGCGUCGCCUGUAAAAGUUACGCAUCUGCGCUGGUGACGCGGUGUUUCGCUUUCUGCCCCUGUGAUUCUCAGCUGGAGGAUGGUGGUAAAAAGGGAGAGAAUCUGAGAUUGUUUCCUCCGGCGGACCGCCAAACGUUGGAGAUCCAUUUGCAAACUAUGAUGCAAGAAAUUGCCGCUUCAUUGUUGAUGGAAUUCGAAAAGUGGGUACUACGGGCGGAAUCUGCUGGAACUAUUCUCAAGACGCCUUUAGAUUCUCAAGCCAGUUUAAGCUCAGAGGAGGUGAUCAAGGCCAAAAAGAGAAGACUGGCUCGUGCACAGAAGACAAUGGGGGAUUACUGUUUGAUGGCAGGUUCACCUAUUGAUGCCAAUGCCCACUAUUCCACUGCCUUAGAAUUAGCUAGAUUGACUGCGGAUUUCUUCUGGUAUGCUGGGGCUUUGGAGGGUAGCAUUUGUGCCUUGCUGAUAGACCAAAUGGGCCAAAAAGAUGCAGUUUUUGAGGAUGAGGUCAGGUAUCGGUACAUUAGUGUGAUAUCGCAUUACAAAAAGUCAUUUACACCAGACAAUGCUCAAAGAGUUUCACCUUUAAGCUUUGAACUUGAAGCCACUCUGAAAUUGGCAAGAUUUCUUUGUAGAAGAGGAUUCACUAAAGAUGUUGUGGAGUUGCUAACCAGUGCUGCAGAUGGUGCGAAAUCCUUGAUAGAUGCCAGUGAUAGACUCAUAUUGUAUGUUGAAAUAGCUCGCUUAUUUGGGUCUCUUGGUUAUCAGAGGAAAGCUGCCUUUUUCUCAAGGCAGGUAGUCCAGUUGUAUAUGCAACAAGAAAAUAGAUUUGCGGCUAUGAGUGCUAUGCAAGUUUUGGCAAUGACCACCAAAGCAUAUCGUGUUCAGAGUAGAGCGUCCUUCUCCAAUUAUCCUCAUUCAAGUAAGGAGAUUGAAUCAAGCCAUGCUGAUAGUGGGAAAAUGCAUCACCAAUCAGUAGUUUCUUUAUUUGAGUCUCAGUGGAGCACAUUGCAGAUGGUUGUACUGCGGGAGAUACUGCUGGCUGCUGUUCGUGCAGGAGAUCCCCUUGCUGCAUGGAGUGCUGCUGCACGGUUACUAAGAUCUUAUUAUCCUUUAAUCACACCAGCUGGGCAGAAUGGCCUUGCUAGUGCACUUACUAAGUCAGCCCAGAGGUUGCCUUCCGGAACUCGCUGUGCUGAUCCAGCCUUACCUUUCGUAAGGUUAUAUUCCUUUCCUCCCUAUCCCUGUCAAAUGGACAUUGUAAAACGCAAUCCAGCAAGAGAAGACUGGUGGGCUGGAUCUGCUCCUUCAGGGCCUUUUAUAUACACACCAUUCAGCAAAGGGGAGCCAAAUGACAGCAGCAAGCAGGAGCUGAUAUGGAUUGUUGGCGAACCAGUCCAGGUCUUAGUGGAGUUGGCAAAUCCAUGUGGCUUUGAUUUAAGGGUUGAUAGUAUAUACCUAUCUGUUCAUUCAGGAAAUUUUGAUGCUUUUCCUGUUAGUGUAGAUCUUCUGCCUAAUUCAUCAAAGGUGAUAACCUUAUCUGGAAUCCCGACUUCUGUGGGGUCAGUAACAAUUCCAGGGUGUACUGUUCACUGUUUUGGUGUUAUUUCUGAACACCUUUUCGGGGAUGUUGAUAAUCUGCUUCUUGGUGCAGCACAAGGGCUUGUGCUUUCUGAUCCUUUCAGAUGUUGUGGGUCUCCAAGGCCGAGAAAUGUGUUGGUUCCAAAUAUUUCUGUUGUACCUCCAAUUCCAUUAUUAGUUUCUCAUGUUGUAGGUGGUGAUGGUUCAAUAGUUUUAUAUGAAGGUGAAAUACGUGAUGUCUGGAUUAGUCUGGCUAAUGCAGGGAUAGUUCCAGUUGAACAAGCACAUAUAUCACUCUCUGGUAAAAACCAAGAUUCUGUUGUCUCAAUACCAUAUGAAACCUUAAAAUCUGCCCUUCCUUUGAAGCCUGGUGCAGAAGUGAUCCUACCUGUGACAUUGAAAGCCUGGCAGCAUGGACCAGUAGACCCUGAUAUUACUGGUGGUAAGCUUGCCUCUGGAAGUAUGGGGAGGCAGUUAAAGGAUGGUAGCAGCCCCACAUUGUUGAUUCAUUAUGCUGGGCCAUUGACAGAUUCUGGAGAUCCUCCAACAAAAGAAUCUGUUUUUCCUCCUGGUAGACGCCUGGUGGUUCCCUUACACAUUUGUGUUUUGCAAGGUUUGUCUUUUGUGAAAGCUUGCUUGCUUUCAAUGGAAAUUCCUGCACAUGUUGGCCUAAAUCUUCCAGAACCAGUUCAUGUUGAGACUAAUGGUAGCAAAGAAGCUGUUGGUUCAAAAAGUAAGAUGGAUGGAUUGCUAAAAAUUGAUCCUUUCAGAGGAAGUUGGGGGCUACGUUUUCUUGAAUUAGAAUUGUCUAAUCCAACUGAUGUUGUGUUUGAAAUUAGCGUUUCAGUCCAGCUUGACAGCUGCGAAGAUAAGUUGGAUAACCUUUCUGCUGUUCAAGAUGCUACUGAAUAUUGUUGUCCAAAAACAAGAAUUGAUAGGGAUCAUUCUGCGAGGGUUUUAAUACCUCUGGAGCAUUUUAAGUUGCCCAUUCUUGAUGGUUCCUUUUUCAUGAAGGAUUUUCAGCCUGAUGGUGUUGGCAGAAAUUCGAGCUUCUCAGAAAAGAAUGCCAAGGCUGAAUUAAAUGCUUCAAUUAAGAACCUCAUUUCCAGGAUAAAGGUGAGGUGGCAAUCAGGACGAAACAGCUCUGGAGAACUGAAUAUGAAGGAUGCCAUACAGGCAGCGCUUCAGACAUCUGUUGUGGAUGUAUUGCUACCAGAUCCAUUGACAUUUAGCUUCAGGCUUGUUAGAAAUAGUGUCCCACAAGAAUCUGAUAUGCCCGAUGACUCUGGGCAUGAAGGUUCUGUGAUGGCUUAUGACAUGACCCCAAUGGAGGUCAUAGUUCGCAACAACACCAAGGAAAUCAUUAGGAUGAGUCUUAGCAUUGCAUGCAGGGAUGUGGCUGGAGAAAAUUGCUUCGAGGGUACAAAGGCCACUGUCCUAUGGGCUGGUGUUUUGAAUGGGAUAGCUAUGGAGGUUCCCCCUCUUCAAGAAUCUAAGCAUUCUUUCUCGUUGCAUUUUCUCGUCCCUGGUGAGUAUACUCUAGUGGCUGCUGCUGUGAUUGAAGAAGCUAAUGAUGUCCUCAGAACCCGUGCCAAAACUGAUUCAGUUGAUGAGCCAAUAUUCUGUCGAGGUCCCCCAUUCCAUAUUCGCGUCAUUGGAACUGCUUGACUAUUCUACCGAGAAUGGUCAAUUCAUCUUAAUUGACAGAUUCUGAUGGUUUUCAUGGUAUUAUCAUUGAUCACUUUGAAUACAUUCUACCAACGAUUUCCCUGGUAUUACACUAUUCAGGUUGAUCUGCAGAUGGAUUCAAUUGAUGUAUAUUUAGGAAUUUGAUGUGCUUGUAAAUCUAUUAUUCAUCAAAUAGCUUUUCGUCGAGUGAUUCCAGAACCCAAAGGAGUUAAAAACUAGGGGGAGAUUUAUCGAUAUCGUUGUAAUUCUAUGAUCAUUGACGCGAGUACACAUGGAUAUGGUUGACUAGCAGCACUUUGAAUACAUUCCACCAUCUCCUGCUGUUUUCCUAAA